AUGUCAUCUAAUACUGCUACAGGAGCUUUAGCUUCACAAACAGUUUCUGAUGAGUCAGCAGCCGUUCGUCGAAAAGCAGCUGAAAAAUGCCAAUUUGUAUUAGAAGCUUUAUAUGAUUCGUUCAAUGGCUACAAACAAUGUGCUGCCGAUACUAAGGAUACAGCAAUGAGAUUACUUUUUGAUAAGAUUGCAGCUAGCCGAGCUGAUCUUAUUAUUCAAUUAUCAAACGUUAUUCGAGUUGAUUUAGGUGUUGAACCAGUAACAUCCGGUUCAGCUCUAGCAGGGGCUCAUCGAACAUGGAUCGAUGUUAAAUCUUGGUUUACUGAUGGUCGAGAUAAAGCAGCAAUUGUUACUGAAGUUCAUCGUGGAGAAAAUGUUCUUAUUAAAUUAUACGAAACGGCUAUUGAAGAUCCAGAUAUUGUACUUAAAGUGCGAGAUUUCCUACAUGAACAACUUAAAACAGUCAAAGAACAAAAUGCAUCAGUCGAUGUUUUUUUAUUACCUGAUGUUAAAUCACCGAAUCUUUUGCCAGUUAAAGUUAAAUGUAGAAUUGAAGAAGAAAAACAAACAGCUUUAUUACUUGUGAGAAAAUAUUUUGCUUUAGAAAAUAAUGAAAAAACAUUACAAAUAAAAUCAGUUGUUGUAAAAGAAAGUGAUCGUGGUUAUAUUUAUAUUGAAGCAUUUAAAUCAAAUCAUAUUAAAGCAGCAUGUGAAGAUAUUCGUUCAUUAAAUGUUUCAAAUCUUCAAAUGCUACCAAUUAAAGGAAUGACUGAUAUUCUUCGAGUUGUUAAAACAACAUAUAGAAUAAAAAAAAAAGGUUCAUGGGUACAUGUUAAACGUGGAAUUUAUCGAGAUGAUUUAGCUAAAGUUAAACAUUGUGAUAUGAUACAAAAUAUGGUUACACUUAAAUUAAUACCAAGAAUUGAUUAUACUAAAAAACGUGGUGAACUGCGUAGAACAUCAAAUGAUCAAAGUGAUAUUGUACCUGAACAACAUCAAGCAUUUAAGAAGAAAAAUUGUUUUGCUUUUAAAAGACUACCAGCUAAAUUAUUUGAUGAAACAGCUGUCGAAUCUGCAGCUGGUCAAAUUUAA